GUGGCGGGGCGCGGGGUGCAGCCUGCAGCUGCUGAUGCUGCCGCCCGGUGUUCGCCAUGGAGCUGGCGCCCCGAGCCUCUUCCGUGCCGCUGCUGCUGCUACUUCUGGGCCUGAGCACCGGAGCGGUCACUGACUGGCCUGCAGAAGAGGGAAAGGAAGUAUGGGAUUACGUGACCAUCCGCAAGGAUGCCCACAUGUUCUGGUGGCUCUAUUAUGCCACGAACCCCUGCAAGAACUUUUCAGAACUGCCCCUGGUCAUGUGGCUUCAGGGUGGUCCAGGUGGUUCCAGCACUGGAUUUGGAAACUUUGAGGAAAUCGGGCCCCUUGAUAGUGAUCUCAAACCACGAAGAACCACCUGGCUCCAGUCAGCCAGUCUCCUAUUUGUGGAUAACCCCGUGGGCACUGGGUUCAGUUACGUGAACAAGAGUGAUGCAUAUGCCAAAGACCUUGCCACAGUGGCGUCAGACAUGAUGGUUCUCCUGAAGACUUUCUUCGAUUGCCACAAGGAAUUCCAGACGAUUCCAUUCUACAUUUUCUCAGAGUCCUACGGAGGCAAAAUGGCUGCUGGCAUUGGUCUAGAACUUUAUAAGGCCAUUCAGCAAGGGACCAUCCAGUGCAACUUUGCCGGUGUUGCUUUGGGUGACUCGUGGAUCUCUCCUGUUCAUUCAGUGCUCUCCUGGGGACCUUACCUGUACAGUGUGUCUCUUCUUGACGACCAAGGCUUGGCAGAGGUGUCUCAGGUGGCAGAGCAAGUCCUGGAUGCUGUGAAUAAGGGGCUCUACAAAGAGGCCACGCAGCUGUGGGAGAAAGCAGAAAUGGUCAUUGAACAGAACACGGAUGGGGUGAACUUCUAUAACAUCUUAACUAAAAGUACUCCCACAUCUGCAAUGAAGUCGAGCUUAGAAUUCACCCAGAGCCACCUAGUUCAUCUUUACCAACGCCACGUGAGACACCUACAACGGGAUGCCUUAAGUCAGCUCAUGAAUGGACCCAUCAGAAAGAAGCUUAAAAUUAUUCCUGAGGAUUGCUUCUGGGGAGGCCAGUCUGCCAAUGUCUUUGAGAACAUGGAAGGGGACUUCAUGAAGCCGGCCAUCAGCAUUGUGGAUGAGCUGCUGGAAGCUGGGGUCAAUGUGACCGUGUAUAACGGACAGCUCGAUCUCAUCGUGGACACCAUAGGUCAGGAGGCCUGGAUACGGAGACUGAAGUGGCCAGAACUGCCCAAAUUCAAUCAGCUCAAGUGGAAGGCCCUGUACAGUGACCCUAAAUCUUCGGAAACGUCUGCUUUCGUCAAGUCCUACAAGAACCUGGCUUUCUACUGGAUCCUCAGAGCUGGGCACAUGGUUCCUUCUGACCAAGGGGACAUGGCUCUGAAGAUGAUGAGGAUGGUGACUCAGCAAGAGUAGGAUUGUCUGGAGGUGAAGUGCUUGGCCUUGAGGCUCAGGAGGCCGGAGUAAGGACUCUGAAGCUGUAGGAGGCACCAUUCUCCCCACCGGCUUGUGGCUUGCACCUGGCUUGCAAGGCUUGCCUGGCCCAUGAUGGUUCCCACCCACUUCUCCAGAAAACACUCGCUGCCUCUGUGCACCUGGAAAUCAUUUCUGCUUCUAAGAAACCUCAAUCUUUUUUUAAUGGAUUUGUUUUCAUCAAAAUGAAGGGUUGAAAUAGUUAACAUUUUUGUAUUACAAGAGUAAAUUAUGUAAUUUAUAGGACAAAAUAGAGAUACAGGUAAAAUAAACACCCUCUUACUCCUUUCCCUGGGAUAAGCUCUUAUCAAUUUAGCAUCUACCCUUGCAAGUCUUUUUCUGCUCUAUAUGCAUAUAUAUUUUUUACAAAAAUGAAAUCAUUACUGUAUGUUGUUUUACUACCUGGUUCACAUAUCAAUUUGCCCCAAACACCUCUUCAUGUCAAUAAACGUUCUUCUAUAACGUUGUUAA